ACACGGCAACCUUGCUACAGGCUGUGGCAACGAUGCAAGACACCGUCGCCUACUUCAGCUCGGUCGACGAUCCCAGCGAGAAGUGCAUGACAGCCGAGCGUCCAGUGUUCAUCCCUGAGGAGGACAAAGCCGUCUUCACUUUUCACUACCAGAGCCAGGACGGCGGUUAUAAGGUCGACUACUGCGUCAAUAUUACCGCUUCCGAAUCUGGAAACUUUCCCUUCGGUCCUUGCGGAGACACCGAGUCACAUGGCACGGCUCAGAUGCUCUUCUUUGACGGUCACAGCUGCUUCGGGGGCAUAUUUCCCCUCUCCGGCACUCAGCAAUGUAUCAUAUGGGUAAAGGUAGACUCCAAGGAAUCUGUGUCGGACGAGUGCCUGCAAUACUAUGACAACGAAUGUGGCCCAGAAAAAUACAAGCUGUACGAUAGCCAGCGGUGCACGUAACCCUGUUCGUCACGUUACAUCACCUUCAACACGCUUUGCGCACUGUGGCACUUACAUCUGCGGUUCGGUUUGUUUCUGUGUGCUUGAAUGUAAAACGAUUUCAGAUUUAGUCGGCGCUACGUGGUCAUUCUAUUCGCAUGAAAUUAUACCAAUACCGGGCGAAAUA